AUGGUGCUCUACUUCACCUCCUCCGUCGUUGACCCGUCAGGCUUCAUUUACGUCGGCAAGGACAAGUUCGAGAGUAUGUUCCACGCGGAUAAACUCUCCAGCGCACAUAUCUACCUACGAAUGCAAGAGGGUCAGGCAUGGGAUGCCCUCCCCGAAGAGCUGGUCAUGGAUCUGGCCCAAUUGACAAAGGCCAACUCCAUCGAAGGCAACAAGAAGGACAACGUCACAGUCAUCUACACUCCAUGGUCCAACCUCAAGAAGGAUGGUAGCAUGGAAGUUGGCCAAGUCGGAUUCAAGGACCCCCGCAAAGUGAAGCGCAUCCUCGUGCCCCAGCGUGAGAACCCCAUUGUCAACCGCCUCAACAAGACAAAGGUGGAAAAGAAGCCCGACCUGAAGCAGGAGCGCGAUGACCGCCUCAAGGAGCUGAGACGCCGCGAUCAGGCUGUCUUCCUAGCAAGGAAGAAAGAAGAGGCCAAGCAAGCCCAGGAGUGGAAGGAGAAGAAGUACCAGAAGGAUCACGCUUACGAUGACAUUUUUACUGAGGAGCUCAUGGCUGGUUCGAGUAACCAGGACCGCGACGAGAACUGGGAGGACGAUUUCAUGUAA